AAUGCCACCUUAGAUUUUACGUUAAUUGAACAGUGUCUAAAAAUCUUAGAGAAUUCCACUCUUUUCUGUUCCGAAAAUCAAAGAUGUAUUGUAGAAGAUAAAGAUCUUUUGCACAUGCUUUUAGAAUUACUAUUGUAUUGUCAAGUAGAAGCCUGUGGAAAGAACGUAGAGGAAGCGUCCUUAGCAUUAGAAUGUUUACUUGGUACUCUUAGAGUGUUGAUUAACUUGACAAAUGAAAAUUUACCAGCUUGCCAGUAUGUUGGAUCACAUUUAGGAAUGUCGAUUCUGAUGAGAUUAGCCACUGUCGGACAACUUCCUAAUGCCGUCAAGUUUGAUGUGUUAUUACUUAGUAUUGGUUUACUAAUCAACUUGGUCGAAACUGAUUCAAACAUUCAAGAUGAAUUCCGGAAAGUUGAUCAAAAUCCAACAUGUCCUGGUUCUCGAAUGUGUAUGCGAACUUGCACGUGUCCGUCACGUGAAUCUGCUGUAUCAUGCCUUGUUUCUUUGUACAACUAUCAGCUUGAAAAAGAUGAUGAUGAGACUGAUAGCAAUAUCGUAGCAGCAUAUAUGGCUGUUUUGCUUGGCUUAUUAAUAAAAAAUAAUCAAGAUAACCAACAAUUGAUAAUUGAGCGAUUGCCGGAUCGAUCGGUCAAUUCUUUAAUUAAUCUCCUUCAGCAGUUUGUGCAUUUCAAUGAACUAGUUGGUGAAGAAGCUACAGCGAACGGUCACGCAAGUGGCCAAAUGUUAAUGAGUUCCUCUUCUUUAAAUAAUUACCAAACUAAAUUAGAAAAUCAAGGACGAACUAUCGGUGAUUCGUUUUUGGAAAUUGUAGAUAUGUUGAAAUCCUUGGAAUCAUAAAGACACCAAUGACAUCCAAGGUCAAAGUAAAUAUUAGGUAUGAAUAUAUUGAAAGGAUUCAAACUCAAAUUUGCUAAAUCAGUUUUUUUGAUUCUUAUCCCUAUCAUAUUUUACAACAUAUAAAAUGAAUUUGUAAUUGUUGUAAUUGUAAAUUUACUUUUUUUUAUCCUCACUAUUAGUUCAUUCGAUUUUACUUCAUAUUGUUUAUACUUCAUUUCAUUUCUUUUUUUU